AUGUUGAACACAGAGAGAAACACAAUAAUUAUUUAAAGUUCAUUCAAAUAAUUGUCUCGAAAAGUGAUGCUGAUGCAGUUUAAAAAUAAGUAAUUUAGCUAAUGAAUUAUUAGCCAAUACUUUUGA